AUGCCGCUCAGGCUCGGAAUUUUCGGGAGCACUGUCAUAAAACGGCGUCCGAGUUUACGCUCCACCAAACGAUCGCGUCGCCGCCCCGCCCCGCCACCGUCCGGCAAAACUUGGAUACACGACAACGACGCCGCGUAACGCGCAGGCGGACAAAUUUAUGGCCCUCGCGAAGGAGUCCGAGUCCUUCGACGAAUAUAGCAUCGAGAAGCGCGGCAGCAGCGUCCGCCUCGAAAAGCAAAUUGGCCAGUUCCAGUGCUCCUUCUGCUCGGAAGAGACGGACUUCUACGACAUACAAUUCGAGGACACGCACUGGUCCGUGGUCCCGCGACAAAACAUGAGCCCCUCCGGAAGACGCAUGACGGCCGAGGAAGUCGAGGAACUGGAGCGGCUCCAGGCCGCGGUCACUCAUCUCAAGGUGAAAUUCUGUGCGGAAAUUUAUGGCGCGCUCACCCCCACGCCAUCGACGCGACACAGGUCAAGUUCGACCUCAUCAACAAGGGCCAGGUCUCCAAGUCGAAGAGCACGCGCAACGCGAGCCUAUAG